AUGUCUCAAUCCACCUCUCCCUACCCGACGCAGUCCUCAUUCUACUCGACGCCGCCAAUCAUGAAUUCCUCCUUGAAUCCCGACACACCUCCGCCUCCUCCCCCGAAACCCAGCAGCCACGAAGCCAGUCGCGGCGGCACGCCUCAGAACAUGACCUCCAUGCCAGCACCACAACCACCACAGCCAGUGCGACCUGAUUCCCAGCUACUGCAACAACCCUCCUACACACCCUCCUCUUUCCCAGCACCACCGGCAGUCGAGGAAGGCUGGCUCCCAGACCUGGUGAAGGAGAAGACCACCAUGGACCUUCAUACAAUUCUUAAAGACCCGACCCUCCUCUCCGCCCUCUCAACCCAACACCCCUCACACACAGCCCGACAACAAAGCCUCGAGUCCCUGAUCCAAGUCAACAAGGACCUCGCGACGCGUCUCCUGGCCAUGCAACAGCACAUCGACGAGCUGCGGGGAUCCACGGAAACAAUGCUUCUCCAACACCAGUCCCUCGAGGUAUCCUGGCGCAAGAAGCAAUCGGAGAUGGACGCGGCGCUGGCGCCGUGGUCGCCUAAGGCACUGUACCAGCGCCUGGGCGCGUCGAUCGCGGAACAAGAAGCUGUUUGUCAGGCUGUGGAGGAGAGCUUCCUGGACGAGGAUCACCAUGGCCGCCCUACUGAAAAGGAGAUUGCGGAUUGGGUUCGUCGUGUCCGUGGUGAGGCGUCCAAGUUGGCUGCUAGGAAAGAGGCGAAGGCACGGUGGGAUGAAGGUCGUGUUGGUGGGUGGCGGUGA